AUGGUACGGGAUACCAAUGGCGUGUCUUUGAAGAUUAUUGAAGAUCACCCUUUAAGAAAAAAUUCAUUGAGACCAAACUUAACCACGAUAUGCUAUUUGGAAGUAAUUUCUGGCAACCAUAGGCUUAAUCCCGAUAAGGAUAGUCUGCGCACUGGAACUCUUCAAAUGCUGCCCAUCGUCUUUCAUAUCACAUCUUCAACAAAUGUACUUUCUGGUAUGGCAAAAGGAAAUAAUACUAGAUAUAUUGCAGAAAAGCAAUUCUAUUCCUAG